CAAACACAGACGCUGUUGUGAAAACUUGAAGAACUGAGAUAACAGAGAGGAAAAGUGCGUCCUACACAGCAGGGACACAAUUAAACAUGCAAAUGUGUCUGUGCUGAACAAAACGUACCAAACAAACACAUUAAAAAAUAAAAAUCUGUUUCUCUUUUUUUAACCCCCUCCCCCAGCCGCGCGCCUCCUUUUUUAUUUGUAUUUUUGAAAUAUAGAAACUCAAUUUUAUCGUGCAAACUUUCGGCUUGUAGUUAAGCACUUUGUGAUAUUCACCUUGAAAAGGUGGUAUAUAAAUAACAUGUUAUUUAAGUACUCGCUAACUUCACUCACUGACUCACUUAUCGGCUAUUUUUAAAGUGUUUAAUUUGUUUAAUUUGAUCAAUUGUUACACAUUUAAUGCAAGACAAUUCAUACAAUCACAGGAGGCCCAUGUUUGUAUGUGUAGGUAGGUCACAAAGUACAAAGAAUAAUUAGAAUAAAGAUAAGAAUAAGCGAGAAAACGGUGGGUAAUUGAUUUUCACUUGAUUCUGUGGUCUGUCUGUUAAACCGACUUUUAAUUUACUUAUUUAUUUAAUUUUUUUAUCCAUGUAUUUUUCUUAUGUAAUCCCAUGCGUUUAUAUCCAGUAAGUUACAAUGGAAUUGUUUCAUAGAAUUGUCUAAAAUAUCUCUACAUAAACGUUACAUGUCAGGACAUGGGUGACAUGUUCUCCACCCUCAGGUACUGUUUGUACUUUUCGCCUGCAAUCCAGAACAGGGCGUGUUUAGCUGCAGAGCGAGCUGAUAACUGGUUUUCUGUGUGUACGUUUCCUCGACGACAGUUUACAUUUCUCAAAGGAGGGGACGGGGAGGGUGGCAGUUAAUUGUAAAGGUCUUCCCCAAAGCCACUAGCAGAGGGAAUCCUCAAGAUUUACGUAAGAAGCUAUGAAACGAAUUCAUGAAAUGCAGGCUUAACGGUGAGCCAACAUUGCGACUGCAUUUGCUGUUUAAUAACUGUUCAUUCUCUGACAUCAGCACUUUUUUUUAUUAUCGUGUUGACUUGAGAAGUAGGUCUGUGGAACAAGCAUCGUGACUUUCGUGCAAUAUUACCAAAGUCAGCAACAUUUUGCUGGUAGUUUUGUUCAUGGUUUAUUCUUAAUAAAGGCGAUACAUUCAUGCACAUAAAAAAACACGAGCAAAGCAUUUUAUGAGUUUUAUGAAACACAAUUCUUCUUCUUUUUUUUCUCUCUCGUGAGUCUUCCGGGAAUUUACUUCUUUAACUAAACAAGCACAAAACAAGCGCCAUAAGUGCUCUCGUCCCAUUAAACAAACCAUAAAGACUAAACAAAGGUGUCAUUGUGUCAAAAGACUCUAAUUCAGGCUAUAGGAUUUUGCGCUUUCUUUCCCGCGCCAGUGUUUUGUUGAACAUUCCUGGUUGUCAUAGCGACGCCCAGCCCCUUUCGCGUCAGUGACGUCCAUUUAGUUUUUAUUUUUUCAUAGCAAAGAAGAUCGUGUGUAAUCAUGAGGAGGAGCCACAUCAACAGAGAAACACCAAACCGUUUUUUUCGGCAUCGCCUGUGGAGACGGAACGUGCACACGAACACGUCAGGGGCCGUUCCCGGAAACGACGUCGGAGUGAGAGCUCUGAGUGUUUUCAAGUCUCUGGCAGUCCUCCCCUUUCCUCGGUGUCUGCGGAUCCAGCUGUGGCUGGCGGGUCAACGGAAUGGAACGGGACACCAAACAAGCCGUUUACCUUGAGCGGUGUUUGAGUUCUGUUUGAGUGGUUGGCAUGAAGGUUGCUGACCUGCACUGUUUGAGUGACAUGGUUUUUGCUGGUGUUAUUUCGCGUUGGAAUGAUAAUUUAAUCGAAAUAAAAUUAUAAUAAUAACAAUAAUAAUAAUAAGAAAGAAAGAAAGAAAGAAAGAAAGAAAGAAAGAAAGAAAGAAAGAAAGAAAGAAAGAAAGAAAGAAAGAAAGAAAUGCAAUUUCUAAAAGAAAAAAAAUAUUUUUAUUGCUGUUUUUGAAAGUAUUUAAACUCUAUCUAAUAGCUGAAGUUAUUUAAUUUUUUAUCGCUGCUCUUUGGCUCCUCAAAGGAGAACAGUUCACUAAAAUGACCGUGAACUUGGAUGCCAGUGGAUCUAAAAAUAAACUCCACAGUCUUUGCGCAUUCACGCUCAAGUUGCUUUGAAGAAGACGACUGUUAGAGAUGUGCUGAGAGGUGAGUAUUGUUCGACCUUUGAACUUCGUUUUGUCCCAGGCCGCUCAAGCCGACCACCAAUAGUGAUGUGCCGGUAAAUAGGGCCCAAGGCGGGGGGGUUGCCACUGCCGGGAAGUACCCGGGAGCACAGAGCAAACAGGGGGGGGGAGCCUCUCACUCUAUCCAGCGCUUAUCCCUUUCACUUGGGUGGAUUCGUGAGGUCACAUGAAACCUAAAUAUAGCCCAAUCCAGCCCGCAAGUUCUUGUUAUGGGAGCAGAAUUAGGUUAUGCGGGAACAUCAAUUAAAGCCCGGGCUUUAAUUGGUGCCGAUAAACUGCAUUACAGUCUGUGAGAAAGUAAGUCACGUUGCUCCUGUCUAGAAAUUAUAUCAGUCACUGGCCUUCUUGAAUUCUCCGAUUCCCUCGUGAGUGUGUUUUGCACAUCUGCGGCUGCACCUAAUUGCCACCCUUAUAUGGAAAGGUGGGUCAAAUCCUUCGCAUCCUCAAACUAACGCCUGUGCGGGCAUUCUUGGCGCAGCUGAUGACGCUGAUAUCAGGUACAACAUAGGGUCAGUCUCUGAGAGCUUGUUUUACUUUCUUUUUGCGGCAGUGAGUGAGUGGGCCACACACAGCCCGGCAGCGUCCGUCUGCGCGCUAUCCUUGUGCCACAGCAGGCCCCCCCUCUCCCCCUCUCCUCCCGGAAAUACCAUAUAUGGCUCGACCGGUCCAUCGGCGAUUGGCUGCUUGGCUUCAGCGACAGUUCUGUUGCUGGAGCUCUAUUCAUAUGUAGAGACAGGUGAAAGGCAAUGUGAUACGUGAAUGACACUUAAUUUUGACGGCUUAUAAAUAAUCAGACAGUGUGCUGGAAGCUUUGUGAAAGAAUUAAAUUAAUGCCGGAUUUUAUUUUGUGUCUAUAAAUAGAAGUUGGAACAUUAGUGCAUAAUCACUGUUCUAAUGUGGACAGUUUGGAGGAGAAAGAAUCGGGGAAGCACCACACUGGCUAUUUUAAAACCAUUUAUUAAUGAAGCCUAUUACACUGCCUCCACUUUCCUUCUAAUGCAUUGAGAGCUCGUGUUACCGUAAAUGCCCAGAAGCAUUAAACAAAGGGUAAAUGUCGAGAACAUCUGAGGGCAUGACGGGAACAUAUAGCCUGUGAUGCAGAUGCUGCAUACAUGGAGUGACGUAGUUCAUUCAUGGCGGUGGGCACCUUUUGGAGGGAGGGGUGCCACUUUCUAUGUGCACACUUUUUUAAAAAAAACAUUUGAGUUCUGAUAAUAAGCUGAAAUUAAACAAUGGGUUAGUGUUGAUUUUUACGCACUUCAGUGAUUUGAUUGUUGAACUGUAAAAAAACCCAUCUGCUAACCCCUUUCUCCAGUCACUUCUCCCUCGGUGAAAUGGUUCGGUCUCACCACACAGAUUUCAUUCAUAAAAUUCCAGCUCACUAUAAAAGGCGGGCCUCUCCACUAUGUGCACAGUUAUGAACCUGGCAAAUGGAAUAUAGGCGUCCGUGACAUCCGUUUUCUGUCUAGCACAGACUGACUGUUCAGUCUCUUAUGCGGUGAUUUAAUUUUAUUUUGAAUUUUUAUUUUUUAAUGAAACCAUGCAUCCAGACUCCAGCACUGAGUUCGACUUAUCGUCCAGCUGUAGCACAGCAUCGCCUGGCGGGGACACCCCUGGGUGCAGUCAGCAUCCUCCUGACUCGCUUUCAUCAUCAGUGGACAGCACCAAGGAUACUGAGACCAGUGCAGCAGCCUCCUUUGUUCCGACUGUGACUGCAAUCUCAACAUCGCCAGAACUAAAGUGGAUUGUGCAGCCUACAGUCAUCACAUCUGCCUCUCCGUCGCCCUGCCGUGCAAAGCCCAGAACUCAUGCAGCGACCCAGUCGUCUUCCCGGCCAGGUGCAAACAAGGCGAGAGCCAGCAACAGGAAAGGGCCGAAAGAGCAGCCUUCCAAAGAGGAGGAGGAAAGGAGGAGGAUCAGGAGGGAGAGGAACAAAAUUGCGGCAGCCAAGUGUCGUAACAGGCGGAGGGAGCUGAUAGAGACCCUUCAAGCUGAAACUGAUACUUUAGAAGAAGAAAAGUCCACCCUGGAGACAGAGAUUGCCAACCUGCUAAAGGAGAAAGAGAGACUAGAGCAUGUCUUAGCUUCUCACCAACCGUCCUGCAAACUCUCCUCAGAUGAUGACGGCAAUGGUGAUGAUGAUGAGGGGGAUGAUAAGGAAGAUGAUGUUGACACAAUGCUGCAGGAUCCACCGGACUCCCCGCAGCUGCUUUCCAUUUUAGAGAAUGGAAAAACCCCAGAGAGCAGCACAGCUGGAGAAGCCCAUAUUGGUCAAGACAUGAGCAGUGUCCCUUGCAUCCCUGCUGCAGCCAUCUUGGGAAACUCCAACAUCCUUUUGUGUUCCAGCGCAGAAGAGGAGGCUCUGGAGGAACUGAAAGGAGAUGACUUGGAUGACUUGGUGCCCAGCAUACAGAUGGAAGUGACGCCCGAGACGGCCGCAUCUGUCCCUGACAUACUACAGAGUACUGACCUGAGUGGGCCCUUCUGCCUCUCAGACUGGGAAACCCUGUACAAGUCCGUGGCAAGCGACCUUGAGUCUCUGAGCACCCCAGUCAUGUCUUCCAGUCCCACUUGUAGCAAUUACCGCACAGUGUUUUCCUUCAAUCACUCCGAGAUUGAUUCCCUGGUUGACGGUUCCGAGUGCCUCAAAGGCAGCCUCGGUGCAUCCGAGUUAAUGAAAGAUAGUCUUAACUCGCCCACACUCCUGGCCUUGUGAAUGCAAAGAAGUUAUGCAACAAUACUGUAUUCUAACCAGCCAGCAAGCUCCAGUCGCUCUCAAAUAACCUUUUGUAGUGUGAGUUUCGAUGUCGUGCAUAUACCUGAAAAUCAGAGAUUGUGUAGACGCAGUGUUUUUCUGUGACUGUAAACACGGUUGAGUUCUUCCAUGCUGUUGCUGCAGUUGUCUGAGAUGAGACCUUGUGCUAGUAAAAUGCAUGCAAAUACAAGUCAUCUGUAAUCCAAGAAGAGAUGGUAUUGUGUUGUUAAAAAAAAAAAAAGCUCUGCGUGUGGUCUGAAACGAGAUCCUGCUGAGUAGCUUAACAUAUGUGUAACACUGUUUUUGACAAAGCUGUGUUGUAACAAGUGAAUUAUAGAAGGAUACUAAUAUGUAAGUGUAACAUCUUGCUGUAAGGUGCCCCCCCUCCCCCCGCCUCCAGACCUGAACUGACAUUUCCUUUUACAUUUGUUUUCCAUGAAAAACAAGAUCAUGCCAUGUAUUUUAUUGAGAUGUAUUUUAUGACAUAGUUUAUUUUUUUACUUAUGAAAAUAUAGAGAUGCAAAAAAAAUCAACAACAAACAAACAAAAUCAGAAACAAAAGAAAACUAGAAACUAGAUAUUGAUAAAAUAUGCUGGAAAUAAAAUACCACAACUGCAAUUAA